CGAAACAAAAACAGUCGCGUAGGAGGCUGUCAAGUGGGAAGGUGGUGCAUGCUCAAGGAAUUUCGGUGCAGUGCAAGACUUGCACACUCGCACCAGACCCAACCCCUCCGUCCCGGGGGUUAAGCAUAGGCAUAAAACGCUAUAGUUUUUAAUGUGUGCAACAUAAGCUCGGCUUAGCGAAAGUUUAACCUCUGCAACAAAACGUUCCCUUCGUGCUCAAAUCAACCAAAUUCCGAAGUGCUCGAAGAAGUGCCAGUGCCAUAUGAUCCCAGCAGGCCCUCUUGAAAAGGAAGUAAACAGAUUGCGUGUGCGUGUGUUUGUGUGUGUGUAUGUGUGCAGAGUGUACUACGUCCGCCGACCGCGCUCGUUCUAGUUGCCGGGUGCGUGUGCCCAAUCGGUCGACGAUUGUGUAAUAUCGGCUGAAGAGGGUAGUACUGCCUCACAACCACUAGACGCGUCCGUAUGGUUCACCUGGGCGAACUUUAAAGGGCACACGUCCAGUAGAAAGACCGCCCGCUCUUCCCUCCUCAGGUGAAGAAGGGUGCUUUGGAGGGUGAUCAGUUCAGCCGAGAAACAGCAGCGAUCUCGGGCACAAUGUCGGUCAGCGGGGACAAAAUGUUAUCAGAAAACGAUGGUGGUACCUCGAACAAAGAAGUAUCGCCCACUGGCAGCAACAGCUCGCGGCGUGAUGUGGCCGAACGGAUCAGUAAAUCUGUGGAAAAUAUGGACGACUACGGUGAGUCGACUGGACUGCUGGAGCAGCCGGUUGCCUCCGUACGACUGCCGAUCAUUGGCAUGACCUGCCAGUCGUGCGUGCGCAACAUCGAAGGCACGAUCGGCAGCAAGCUGGGCGUGAUCAAGAUCAACGUGGUGUUGGCGGAAAAUGCCGGCUACAUUGACUACGAUCCGUCGCUUACCGAUCCGGCCCAGCUAGCAGCGGACAUAGACGAUAUGGGCUUCGAGUGCACGUACACGGAACCGGGUGCAUCGAGCGCCGGUCCGAAACGAUCCAUCCUCGUCGAAGGCGUCGAAAGUGACAGUGAAACGACGAACCAGAAAUCGGACGUACGAACGACGCGCAUCUCCAUCGAAGGCAUGACCUGCCAAUCGUGCGUGAGAAACAUCGAAGGAAACAUUAAAGACCGUCCAGGGGUGAUCUCCAUCCGCGUGCUGCUCAACGAGCGGCUCGGCAUCGUUGAGUACGAUGGGCGCCAGACAACGGCGGAAGCGAUCGCCGAACAGAUCGACGACAUGGGAUUCGAGGCACGGGUGGCCGGUGAACCGAACCAGCCAGAACAGCAGCGAGCCCGAUCCUCCCCCCAAGCGAACGGCAAAAAGCACGCGACCAACGGUAGCUUAACGCCGAAAAAGAAAGCGGACGAGUCGGCGCAGCUAAGGCGCUGCUUUCUGCACGUCCAGGGCAUGACGUGUGCGAGCUGCGUGUCGGCAAUCGAGAAGCACUGCCGCAAGAUAUACGGCGUGGAGUCGAUCCUGAUCGCGCUGCUCGCCGCCAAGGCGGAAGUAAAGUACGACGAACGGUUAACGACGCCCGCCGACGUUGCGAAAUCGAUCACGGAGCUCGGCUUCCCGACCGAGGUGCUCGAGGAGCCCGGCACGGGCGAGACGGACGUGGAGAUUGAAAUUCUCGGCAUGACGUGCGGGUCCUGUGUGGCAAAGAUUGAGCAGACGGCGCUGAAAAUACCGGGCGUCCUGCAGGCGUCCGUCGCACUCACGCUCAAGCGGGGCCGGUUUAAGUUUAACAACGAGCGCACCGGCGCGCGCACCAUUUGCGAAGCGAUCGAGGGGCUCGGCUUUGCGACGCGCGUACUCUCGGGCAAGGACAAGAUGGCGCACAACUAUCUCGAGCACAAGGAGGAGAUUCGCAAGUGGCGCAACGCGUUUCUCGUCUCGCUCGUGUUCGGUGGGCCGUGCAUGAUCGCGAUGGUGUACUUUAUGGUGCUGAUGCACGAGCGCAGCCACGAGGAGAUGUGCUGCGUGCUGCCGGGGCUGUCGCUGGAGAAUCUGAUCAUGUUCACGCUCUCGACGCCGGUUCAGUUUGUCGGCGGGUGGCACUUUUACAUCCAGGCGUACCGGGCCGUGAAGCAUGGGGCGAGCAACAUGGACGUGCUGAUCACGAUGGCCACCACGGUGAGCUACCUGUACUCGGUGGGCGUGCUGGUAGCGGCCAUGGUGCUGGAGCAGCACACCUCUCCACUGACCUUCUUCGAUACACCGCCGAUGCUGUUCAUCUUCAUCUCGCUCGGACGGUGGAUGGAGCACAUCGCGAAGGGCAAAACGUCCGAAGCGCUGUCGAAGCUGCUUUCGCUGAAGGCGACCGAGGCAACGCUCGUCACGCUCGGCCCGGACUACGCCGUCCUGUCGGAGAAGGUCAUCUCGGUGGAUCUGGUGCAGCGGGGCGACAUACUGAAGGUGGUCCCGGGCAGCAAGGUGCCGGUGGACGGCAAGAUACUGUGCGGCAACUCGACCUGCGACGAAAGCUUAAUCACGGGCGAGUCCAUGCCGGUGCCGAAGAAGAAGGGCGCCGUCGUGAUCGGUGGUUCGAUCAAUCAGAACGGGCUGCUGCUGAUGCAGGCGACGCACACGGGCGAGCACACGACGCUGGCACAGAUCGUGAAGCUGGUCGAGGAGGCGCAAACAUCGAAAGCGCCCAUACAGCAGCUGGCCGACCGGAUCGCUGGCUACUUCGUGCCGUUCGUGGUGGCCGUUUCGGUGAUCACGCUGGUCGGGUGGAUCGUUUCCGGGUACAUCGAUAUCGGCCACAUCCCGGCCAGCGAUCGGGACAAGGAAGGGCUUACGCCCUCGGAAAUCAUCGUCAGCUACGCGUUCCGCUGCGCGCUGAGCGUGCUGGCGAUCGCCUGCCCGUGUGCGCUGGGGCUUGCCACCCCGACCGCCGUCAUGGUGUCGACCGGCGUCGGUGCCCUGCACGGCAUUCUCGUGAAGGGGGCCGGGCCGCUCGAAAACGCACACAAAGUGAAGACGAUCGUGUUCGACAAGACGGGCACGAUCACGCACGGUAUGCCGAUGACGUCGCGCAUCUGCAUGCUGGUAAAGCCGGCAGUUUGUUCCCUUGCCCGCGCACUCACCAUCGUCGGAUCGGCGGAGGUAAACAGCGAGCAUCCGAUUGCGACGGCGAUCGUAAAGUACGUGAAGGAAACGCUGGAAAUCGAUGGCUUUGGCAGGUGCAGCAACUUCUCGGCCGUACCCGGGUGUGGCAUUCGCUGCGUCAUCUCUAACGUCGGCGACACGCUGAAGCGCGUGCAGCAGUCGGAGAAAAUGCGCAACUAUCAAAACUCUUACCGCAGUGAGCAGCAGCACCAGCAGCAGCCACUGUUCAUGAACGGUGCCGUCGUGGAGGAACUGAUCCCGCAGCUAAGCGCUUCGCAGAAGAACACGAUCGAGCUGCAGCAGCUGCUCCAUCUGGAACCGAUCGGUGAGGGCCCGGCCGGUACCGGUGGGGAUGCCGGAUCGGGCGAAGCGUUUGCCGACGUGAACGAGUACAACGUGCUGAUCGGAAAUCGGGAGUGGAUGGCGCGGAAUGCGAUCGUUGUGCCGCCCGAGGUGAACAUACGCAUGUCGGAGGAGGAACAGAUGGGCCAUACGGCGAUACUGUGCGCGAUGAACGGGCAGCUCGUGUGUAUGCUGUCGGUGUCGGACAUGGUGAAGCCGGAGGCACAUUUGGCGGUGUACACGCUCAAGCGGAUGGGCAUCGAGGUGAUACUGCUGACGGGUGAUAACAAAAAUACGGCCGCAAGCAUUGCCCGCCAGGUGGGCAUCAAUCGGGUGUUUGCGGAAGUGCUGCCGUCGCACAAGGUGGCCAAGAUCCAGCGGAUACAGGAGAUGGGCAUGCGGGUGGCGAUGGUCGGGGACGGUGUGAACGAUAGUCCGGCGCUGGCGCAGGCCGACGUGGGAAUUGCGAUCGCCUCCGGUACGGAUGUGGCGGCCGAAGCGGCGGAUGUUGUGCUGAUGCGGAACGACCUGCUUGAUGUGGUAGCCUGCUUGGAUCUGUCCCGGAAGACGGUGCGCAAAAUUCACUUGAACUUCCUGUUCGCCAGUAUGUACAACCUGUUGGGCAUUCCGCUGGCCGCCGGCAUAUUUACGCCGUUUGGAUUUACGCUCGAGCCCUGGAUGGCAUCGGCAGCGAUGGCGGCCAGCUCCGUCUCGGUGGUUUGUUCCUCGCUCAUGAUCAAGCUGUACAAAAAGCCGACCCAAGCCUCGCUGCAAACACCCGAGUACGUGGAGCUGAUGGAGGCCGGUGCGUUCCUCGAUCCGGACACCAUCUCGGUACAUCGUGGGCUCGACGACAUACCGCGGCCGAAUCUGGCCCGCUCUACCAGCUCCACACUGGCCAAGUUGUUCGGACGCGGCAAAGACACGAAGGAGGACGGACUGCUGGCCACGCUGGACGAUGAUGAGUUUUCCGUUGGUAUCGUUAAGACAUCGAACGCGAGCAUUUACAAAGACGCAACCGAGCUGCAGAAGCUGUAGAUUGUGUCGAGGCGUUGCGUCGAGAGAAAAAAAAACCGCCGUUAAAGCAACCGCACACACGUGGCCGUGGGUAUGUUUUCAGUGAUUCUUUACGAUGUUAGAGUCCAGUAAGCUUGUUUUGAGUGUGGACUAUUUCCAUCCGUAAAGUGCAGCCAUACACACAUACCGUAGCCCGGGCACGGCGUGAACGGUUCUUUUUCCUCAAAUGCCUCCCCCCCCUCUUUUCUUUUCUUCUGUGUUUUACCAGUUUAGUGUUUUGGGAGGUUAUUUUUGCAAUCUUUUGUGUCCGUUGUGUUUCGGUUUUGUGUCAGUCAUGUGAUAUUUGCAUUGUUUGUUUAGGAAAGGGAAGGUACGAGCAACACGCCCGCCCAGUGGUGAAGAGGUGUGAACGAAUAGUAGGGAUUUUCUCUUAUAGUAUGGACGAAUAUUGACCAGUACUCAGUAGAUGUGUGUGUGUACUUAUACCCCUGUGCAAACGCCCCCGUACCAGUUCGGCAAAGUGAACUUGUUUUUUUUUUACACAAACACAUAUAUGCCUUUUACCGAAAAAGACUUGUAAAUAAAUUAUAUACUACGUUUUUGUAA